UAACAUAAAUGUAAGGCCAAAUAUUCUCACCAUCACAUUCUCUCAAAUCACAAAACCACCAUGCCACCACCACAAUCAACCAUAACCACCACCGUCAUCAUCCUGCUAAUCCUGAUCCUAACCACCCUCCCAUCCUCAACCCACACCCAAUCCACCGAUCUAGAUUCCGACUGUACAAACAAAUGGAUCCACAUCCGCCACCUCCCACCAUCAUUCAACCACCACAUCUUAACCAACUGUUCCGCCACUCACCACCCAUUCUCCACCACUUUCUGCCCUUUCACCACCAACCAUGGCCUUGGCUCUAAAACCCACAACCAAUCACAUUCUUGGUUCCGAACUGACCCAUCUUUAUUAGAACUCUUUUUCCACCGCCGUAUGCUUGAAUACCCAUGUCUCACCGCCGACCCCACCUCCGCCGACGCCGUCUAUCUUCCGUAUUACGCCGCCCUUGACUCCCUUCAUUAUCUGCACGGCCAAGAUUAUAACUUUUCAGCCCAACACGGCCGGAAAUUGGCGAAAUUUAUCAGCAAAGAUUCCCCGGAGAUUUGGGAAAGAAAUAACGGACUUGAUCACUUUCUUGUACUAGCUGGCAGCGCGUGGGAUCACGCGCAACCAGUAGAUAAUGAUCCGAGGUUAUGGGGUACUUCUUUUCUUGAAUUGCCUGAUUUUUAUAAUGUGACUGUGUUAACAUUAGAAUCUAGAGCUUACCCUUUUCAAGAAAUGGCUAUUCCUUAUUUAACUUCAUUUCAUCCGCCUAAUUUAGCGCUUUUCGAUUCGUGGGUGAAAAGAGUUAGGAGGUCUAAAAGGACUACUUUGAUGUUGUUUGCUGGUGGUGGUGGGAUCUCGAGUACUCCGAAUGUGAGGAGAAGUAUUAGGCUAGAAUGCGAAAACAAUACUAAGUUGUGUGAGUUUGUUGAUUGUUCAAAUGGGAUUUGUGAACAUGAUCCUAUUAAGUUUAUGAAACCAAUGUUGCAUGCUAGUUUUUGUUUGCAGCCUCCUGGGGAUACACCAACUAGGCGUUCGACGUUUGACAGUAUUUUGGCAGGGUGUAUACCGGUGUUUUUUGAGGACUUAUCGGCGAAAAAGCAGUAUAAGUGGCAUUUACCGGAAGAUAGGUAUGAGGAGUUUUCAGUUAUGAUUCCGAAAGAGGAUGUGGUGUUUAAAGGGGUGAGUGUGCUUGAGGUUUUGAAGGGGAUUUCGAGAAGUGAGGUGAGGAAAAUGAGGGAAAGAUUGAUUGAAAUGAUUCCAAGAAUUGUUUAUAGGAAACAUGGGAGUUCUUUGGGUUUGAGGACUAAAAAAGAUGCAUUUGAUAUUGCUAUUGAAGGUACACUUCAAAGGAUUAAAGCUAGACUUGAAGGUGUUAGUGAUCUGUGAAAGAGAUUAUAGAGUUCUGUUUUGUAAUUUAAACUGUUUAUCUUCAUCAUACAGAGUCGAUACAAUUUGUAGAAAGAUUCACCUUAAAACGAUGUCUCAUAGACACGUUUGUAACCGAGGUCUUUAUAGAAAAGUCUCUAUUUCUGGGUAGAGACGUGACUAUUGAUAUCUCACAUUUCUGUAUAAUGAAAUUGGGCAUCAUUGUUGUUGUUUAUCUGAAGCUUGGAUGUUUUUAUCUUCCAUAUAAUAAGUAAUUUCCAUCUGUUUAUUA